CUGAGAUGUCGCAAGAUAAUCUUUUUGACAUCCUUCGAUUCUUCUAUAUCCUCAGAAUCUUGAAGGUUUUUCAUUUUUGAAUCAGGUAACUACCGAAACUUAAGAGUUAAUGUUCACAGCAAUAGAGCCUAUAUGGAUAGAUCAUCGUCGUCAUCAUCAUCGGACCAGGAUUGGAUCAGCAAACUCCCGAAUGAUGUAUUGCUAAUGAUAUUAUCGGGACUUUGUACUAAAGAAGCCAUAAGGACGAGUGUUUUGUCGAAACGAUGGGAACAUGUGUGGAAACACGUGUCUCAUCUUGAAUUCGACAAGCCAAAGAUUCUUAGUUCCACAGAGUUGUGUGAUGAUGAGCCCAAUCCAGAUGAUACAUUGAUUACUAAGGUUAUAAUCAAACAUCUUGGACAAUUAGAGAGCUGUGUACUCAAUUAUUCCUCAUCCCAAGGUCGAACUGGAAUCCUCGGUAUUUGGAUUCAAAUAUUCACUAGCGUGAAACACACCAGAGUUCUCACACUGAACCGUCAUUAUGAUGAUUGUGGAAAACUCUUCGAGUUUCCCGCAGACUCAUUCUCCCAUCCGAGCCUCGCGUCACUCUCGCUGAGUACAUACACUUUCACAAGCUCACAUCCCUUUAGAAACUGCUCCAAUCUUAGGACCCUCAAACUUGUAUCGAUCGACGCCACCAACGUUGAAGUCUUUAAUACGCUACUCUUAUCUUGCCCUUCUCUCGAGGUGCUUGUAUUAAAAAUCAGGUGCUUCUACAACACUGGGGUUGAUCCUUUUUACCCUGGGGGUCCUGGUCCUUUGAAGAUUGAGAACAACAAAUUGAAGCUCGUGCAUGUGUUGCUUAUGCGUAACAUUGGUGGCCUUGAAGUGUCAUCAGCUAGUCUAGAGAUCCUCGUCGUUGAAGAGACAUGUUUUGGGAAGGAGGGCUUUUUCCUUUCGUCCCCCAAACUCCAGUUUACUAAGAACUUUUGGGUUCCAGGCCGGAGGUUCGCACCUCACAUCAGCUACAACAUAUCCGAGGUAAUAAAUGAACUUUUUGAAUGUAUUAUAUAUAGAAAAAUGAAUUUAUUCAAAGCUAUUUUUGAUCAGGAGGAAAAAAGCAUUGUGCAUGUGAUAGGUUCAAGAUAUCUCUUAACUUGUAAAUUCCCAAACUCUUUAUUGAAUAUGUAG